AUGCUCUGGGAAAAGAUCAAGACGACGCAGGGAACUAAAAAAGGGUUUGCGUUUCGCGACGUCAAUCCUGAAGACUCAGUGUCAGCCGACGAAGACGGGAAGGAUGGUGAUGAUGGGGGUGACAAGGAGGGGUGUAACGAAGUCAAUGGGGGUGCGCGUGUAAUGGGCCGGGGCCAGGGUCGUGAGGGCCGCGGAGCAGGCGAAGGGGGAGCUGGGCGAGGCGACCGCGGCGAGGUUCACGUCAAUGAUGAUCAUCGCGAUGGCGGUGCAAGUACUGGAAGUGAUGUGGACGGAGGCGAUGGCAGCGGGGAUGGCGAGGGGGUUGGUGCCGGUAAUGCCGGAGAGGGCCAAGAUGAUGGAGGCGGUGACGGCGCGCCUGACAGUAGCGACGACAUGAUCACCGGCGAGAAGUCAGGUCAUGAGGGGCUCGGCGACGAGGAGAACAACAGUGGGCGUGGCGAUGGUGAGUACAACAAUACCAUGCGCAGCGGCGAGGGCCGCGAUGUUGUAGGCAAUGCAGCGAGCGUCGCUGGUGAGCACGACGACAGCAACCGGCCCAACGGGGUUCGUGGGCGUGUUGAUCAGUCCGAAGCCCAACCCGAGCAGUUGAGGGAUGGUGGAUCCUCAGUGCAACCUGCCGCCCUAGUGCCUCAACGCCGUUCGCGAAGGCAUCACGAAGACGUUGACCCUGUCAAAUCAAACGUUGAAGGCGUUGCAAGUGGCGCGAAAAAACGCAAAUUGGCCGUGCAACCUCACGAAGCGGCGACUGUUUCUACCAAUAACGUCAGGCAGACCCGUAGCACUUCCUCGAAACAGAAGCCUACCCAGGCCGAUCUUGCGACCGGAAGAGCGAAAUCUACGACGAAACCGUGGGGUGCUUCUACUUCAUCUGUGUGCUCUUCUGACCUGAUUACAGACGCUCCAAGCACCGUGGGCCAUGCCCACAACGGGGACGUAGAUGAGGAUGAGGAUGAGGAGAGGGACGGGGACAAUCGCAGGGAUGGAGAUGGGGACAAGGAUGAGGAUGAGGAUGGGGACGGGGACAAGGGUGGGGACGGGGAGGAGGGAGGAGAUGCGGGUGAGUCUGCCCGUCCUCGACGAUGUGGAAAGCGACAGGCUGAGCAGGCUGUUGAUGAGGAUGAGCAGGAGGGUGGUGAUCAGAGCAACCAGUGGAAGAAGCGCAGGGUGCGCAAUUCUCGGUCCAGAACUCCUCCUCUCAAAACCCGGGCACAGGCUGCCGCUGCUCAGCAAAAAGGAUGUCAUUCUUGA